UGGAUAACUUCUCUAACUUGCAAACGGAAUAAGUUAGAAACAGCGACUUAGCGUGAUUGUGAUUUUCCAAAGAUUCACCCUUGAUCUUAUUUUCUUCUCCCAUACGUCGACGCACCCUAGACUUGUCUACAAGUUGACAAAAAUCGUUUCGCAAUAUCUCAUCAUGUUUGCGAGUUAUUCGACUCACAAUCAUUCGUCUUCUAUUUUGAAAUGGACAUUUGUUAUCAAAGGGAAAGAGUUUUUUAAUUUUAUUUCUGAAUAUCAUGGGGAAUUUGAUUAAUUGAAUUAAUAAUUUUAUAACAAAGCAAAAUAAAUAUCAACGAAAAAAAUAAUUGUUUUUAUUUUUAAAUAAAUGAAAACACGUUUUUUCUUUUAAUACUAAAUCUGAUUAAGUUCUAAUUAAUUUCAGUAAGAUUAUCUGAUACAAAAUAUAUUAAUUCAUUCUAUUAUGUACUGAGAUAAAUGAAACACUUAAUUUUUUUUUCAUUUUUAUUAUAGUAAUCUAUAAAAUACGUCAACUAAAAUGUUUUCAAUAAAGAUAUAUUUCUCUCAGACAAUAAAUAAUUCUUCAAGAAAUGCGAUAUUUUAUCGACUUUUGUACUUCGAAUAUAUAUUUCUUUCUUUUCUAUUAGUGUUCUGAGUUUGAAUUCUUGUCUUGGUAUAUUACUAUCUAAUCUUGUUGACAAUAAAAGAGUAAGACGUAUUGUAGUACUUACAAGGGAAGGCCACCAACUGUUCAAUCGCUUUUGCGUUGAAACUAUUUGCGUUAUGUACUUCCCAAAGAGUUAUGAAUACGCUGAAAAUAUUUUGGGCGGAUACCUUAUUGUUGCGAAAAUAGUCCAUUUGUAAGAUAUGUUUUUUAUGAUUGCCGUGGUCCCCCUCAGGAACAUUAGAAAAAUUGAUUUUCGAAUUUCGACUUGAAACUUUACGUAGAUAUACUUCUCAACGAGAAUAAUACUUUCUGAAAGUCUUAGGUCUUUUGAUUGUUUGUUUCACUAAAUCUGUUACUUUAUUUGAAGGACAUAAAAUACAAAUUUCACAAUAGCAGUAUCCAGUGACAGGAACACUAGAAAGAUCUGAAACGUUCACAAAAAGUUGUUCUCCUUGGAGCGUCUUUCUUUGUAAAGUUGCAAGUCGAAAUUCAAAAAUCAGUUUUUUUAAUGUUCCUGAGAGGGAUCCCAGACAGUCAAUAAAACUCAUACCUUACAAAUGGACUAUUUUCAUUACAAUAAGCUAUCCGCCCAAAAUAUUUUCAGCGUAUUCAUAAUUCUGUGGGGACUACAUAAUGCAAAUAGUUUCAACACAAAAGCGAUUGAACAUUUGGUGACCUUCCCUCGUUAGUAGAACCGAACGGGUAAAACGUCCGACUCGGUCGCGUCUGAGUUUGAAUCUAGAAAAUUUCUAUAGAUUAGGUCCGAGUCUGACUUAACAGAUACUACUCUAAAAUUAACAGCAAAUCAUGACUUUAAUGUGAUACGAUUACUGUUAAAAUUUUUGCUGAGAAAUGUGUAAGGUGUGAUAGUCGAUGAAUAAAAAUAAUCGAAAAAUUAUACCUACAAGGUGUCUGUCUAUCAAGCUCAAAAUUUUUGGACCUGACGGACUCUACUGCUUUAUGACCUUGAAUUAUGGUUGCUAAGAUAGAAGAAACCUUUUUAAGCCAAGGCGAGUACCCAUUGAUUAUUAAUCUUUGAUCUUGAUUAUUAGAGUCUAGAGAGAAGCCGUGAAACUCUUUUCUUAAAUUUACACUCACUAUUGUUUUUUUCAUUGAAAAAAGUAUUUUCUGCAUUAAUAAAAAUUCAAUGUGUGAAAAGUAAAAUCUAAUGUUUAGAAAAUUUUCAUUUUCUUCUUGAAUUCAUUAGAUAAUAAUUGAAGUCUUGUUAAAAAACUAUAAAAAAAAUUAAAUGACUGUUGUUUUAUUGAAGACUUCUUAUCUGAUGCAACUGUUUGAUUUUUUGAACGAUCUAAAAAAACAUGAAUAAGAAUUAUUUCUCAUUAUUCACUCUUUCUUAAUAAAAGAAAAAUAUGUUCAGUUGAGAAACUGCUCUCUCAUAUUUUUAGUUUUUUUUUGUCUUGUAUUUUAAGUUCGACCGGAUUUUAAACAAUCAAAGUAUGGAAUUUUGAUUCACCGAUGGCACAAAUCUUUAUCAACAUUUGAAUCGAUCAGUACGUAAAUGAAAUUGUCUCAUCAGAGAAGACAAACAUUUUUCAUUUAGAUCAACAUGCAGCUAUUUUUGAACAAGAUCUCUGUCAAUUAGUAAAAAAAUUAAAACAACUUGUCUAUUUGAAUAUUUAUGGUAAAAUUCCAUAUGACAAAGUUGAACCUUAUCGUUUAAUGGCUCAAAAUCGUUUUCCAAAUAGUCGAAUCAAUGUUCAUGUAUCAAGAUUUCGACUUUGGAUGUAA